AUGCUGACGUUUUGCCCGACGUGCGCCAACCUGUUGCUCAUCGAGCGCGAGAGCGCGGUGGGGACGAGUUCGAGCGGCGGCGGCGGCGGCGUCCGACUUCGGUGCGCGGCGUGUCCGUACGCCUAUGACGUCGUUGACGGCGUUCGACAGCGCGUGAAGACGACGAGGAAGACGGUUGACGACGUCCUGGGCGGAGACGAGGCGUGGCGGAACGUGGAUAAGACGGCAACGACGUGCCCGAGGUGCGAACACGGCGAGGCGUACUUCAUGCAGAUACAAAUCAGAAGCGCGGAUGAGCCGAUGAGCGUUUUUUAUAAGUGCUGCGAGUGCGCGCAUCAGUGGAGAGAGGGAUAA